AACUCCUCGAUAAGAUGUAUUACGUCGUAUUUUGGGACGAAUACUGCCAAGUCGUUCCCGAUUCUUGGGUAAACUUUAAUGCAAAAACAUUUACGUUUCCAUUGUCUAAAAAAAAUAUUACCAAUACAAUAAAGAAGAAGAUAAGUCCUGGAAAUGAUUGGAACAUUAGUCAUUUUCAUAAAAUUUUAGGACCUUACAAUACAUUUGAUAAGGCUCGGGAAGCAGAAAAAUCUUGUAUUGAUAUAUCCACUUCGGAUGAUAUUCAAUUUGCUUCUUUAAAUGAACCAAUCCAAACAUUGCCUCUGAAACGUUUGAUAACGAAAAAAAAAUUUUAUGACGAUGAAUCGAAUAAUUACGUGAAUGAUUGUAAUAUUUCCAAGAAAUAUAAAUCAAAUCAACAUCCCCCAUCAAAUUAUAAAAUACACGAAGGGAUUGGAGCUACAUCUACAAAUGUUGAACUUGAGAAAAAUUCAUUACAUUUUAGAUCAGUGAGUUCGGAAUAUAACGUGCAGAAGCGGGAGGAAGAUAAAAUUUUAUCCGUCAAAAAUAAUCCAUCUAAUUGCAAUGUCCCUUCACCUUUAAAUGAACACCAAUUUUCAAUUCAAGUUUUUCAUGAGGAUGAGCAAGAUGAUGAAGAGAUGACGGAUGAUACUAAUUCUCGUGAUUAUGAUCGGAACAUCGAUAAUAAGGAAAAUGAGAUAAUUGCGAUGAAGGCUCUCCCAAUUACAGAAAUGAAUGUAGACGAGGAUAUACAUGUAAUUAUAAGUUCUUUAUAUGAAAAAGUAGAUACUUUACAUCAAGACUUUCAACAAUUCAAAACAGAGAUAAAACACGAAGCAGCUAAAAAUAACACAAAAUUGAAAGAAAUAGUUGCUAUUUUAAGAGAAAAUUUCCAAAGAAAUGAAGAAAAUGAAGCAAUAACUAUGGAUUUAAUGCCUGAAUUUCCAAUGACAUCCGUCGAGGAAUACGUACAAUUUAAUGAAACAUUGAAAAAUGAUGAAGCAAUUCGUAAAUGUUUUGAAAAGAAAAUAAAGUGUAUUGGUGGUGACUCUACACAAAAAAAUGAUCUCCAAUAUACUCACAUAUUGCAUAACAUUUGACACACACAAGUUGACUUGGACUGGUGCAAAAAAUACUAUCGCAAUCGAAAAUACAACUUUUGCAAACAUUAUAGUUAGUACUGUCAAUCGUACAAAAGGAAAUGGACCUGACUGUACCAUUGCAUUGAUUGUCAAGCAUGUAAAAAAACUGGCUGCAACAUGCAGGUGAUAAAAUGAGAUAUCGAAACAAAAAAGUGCAACAAUAAAUUACUCUGUAAUUAGUAUACAGAGUGUCCGAUAAUUCCGCUAAAAACCGCGAU